CAUCGCCGCCAACUACAAAAUCGAUUCGGGUGAUUGGGUCUGCAGCAAACAUCAACAACAACAGAGAGUACAAUGUCAAUUUGAACAUGCCGAACGCAUUGCAUGGUUCAAUCAAUUUGAAUUACCUGUCGCCAGGUAAUGUUGAUGGUAUUGCCAACGGAUUUAAUAAUGCACAAGAGGCUUCUAGUACUCGAGGCUAUGGCAAUCUUAACGGUGCGGGCUCUCGUGAUCCACGUCGUGCUAAAUGGGGUCAGAGCAAUGGACCCCUACAGCAGCAGCAACCUCAACAACACCCAACAGGAUCACAGUAUUCACCACAAGUUGGCGGCCAACGGCGUGGAGGUCCAUCCGGUUGGCAGACAUCCAAUAAUCCAGGCAACUACAGCAGCUACAAUCCAUGUGGCAAUCCGAAUGGAGGGAACAACAAUAAUAAUAAUCCAGGCUGGAACAACAACAAUAAUAACAACAGUCACUUUAUCAACGGAUGUCCGAAUUUCAACUACAACAACCGACCUAUGUUCAAUCGUGCUACAAGUCUCGGUGGCGGCGAAACCAAUGCCCCUCAAGUACCCGGCAACAACAAUAUCAAUGAUCCGCCAUAUUCAGGGGCACCGCGCACUUAUCGCGAUCAUCUGGCGGCCAAGGCCAAGCAGCAGGAGAUGCAGCGUCAGCUUGAGGCAGCCGAAAAGCAACGACAGCUUGAGGCAGCUGAAAAGCAACGACAGCUUGAGGCAGCUGAAAAGCAACAACAGCUUGAGGCAGCUGAAAAGCAACGACAACUGGAUGCGGCGGCGGCAGAAAAAAAGCGAAAGCUGCAAGAAGCUGAGAAGCUGCUAGACGACGGACAAGCGGUUGCGGCACCAUCCCGCAUUGAAAGCGAUAAUGUCCAACUAGACACAUCGUAUCGAAAUGUGGUGUUGACGGGCACCACCAACAAGAAGCUCGACUUCAAGAUACCAAAGAAGGCGAGUUUGGAAAAGAUGUCACGAACAAAUGAGGUACCAGGUCAGAAUAGUGAUAAAACCAAUACGUGCGAAGAGUCGAUCGACGUUGUCAAUAAUAAUAGUGAAGAGCAAAGCUCCAGCAAGUCAAAUAAAACAAACAAAUCGGGUAAGAGCCAUAAAGUGCCAAAAACCGUUCAUUUCGAUAAAGAAAAAUCGGAUAGUGCGGAAAAAGUGUCUAAAAGCGAUAAAACAAUAGAUAAAGAAAAAGCGGACAAGUCGAAGAAAGUGGUUAGAGUCGAUAAUUCUGACGCAAAACAUGGUUCAUGUAGUGCGGCGAAAAAAAAGAAAGACGAGGAUGUCGACGAAAUGUCCAAUAAACCUGAAGCACCGGAAAAAGAAAAGACAAAGCAUUCGAGCAAAGAUAAGAGCCCAGCAGAAAAGUCUAAUUCGAAAGAGAACAAGGAGAAAAAGAAACCGACGGCAGAUAAUACAGACAACGUUGAAAAUGAACCACCAAGCGUGGUUGAAACUCACGAGCAACAAUCAGCGAACAAGCAAUCGCACGCAAUGGUUGUUAUAGCGAGCGAUGCAAUAAAUACGCCAAAGUCACCAUUGAAAGAAAUGCCAGAGUUGAAACGCAUAUUGAAACGUCGCAAAUCGAUGAUGCCGACGGCGAGUAAACCGCUAGUCGAUAAGCGGGAACUUUUUGGUGGUGUCAGUCUCAAUUACGAGAAUCUCGUCGACCAUCGACGAGAACAGCAACAGCUCAACGCUAAUGACGAGGUGACGGCUGAGAAAAUUAAAGUUGCGCAGUCCUCUCAGCAACGUGUCAAUAGAAAUUUGGCCAUCAUGUUCGAAAAGACCAGCGACAAUUGCAGCAUCUCAACGCAAAAUAUUUUGGCCGGCAAGCGGCGAUCGCGGCUGAACGAGCCAGCGGCAAAGACCGCAGUUGAGAAUCUGCUCCCACCACCGCCCAAGAAGAGGUCAAGACGCAGUGAGCUGGAAAGGCUCAACGAUGACAUUGCCCAAAUGUAUUAUGCAAACGAUGUGAUUCGCGCCACCGGACGUCGGGCAUGCUCCGCUCAACGAUGCGGGAGCAGCACAACGCCAACCAAAAAACUUCGAGUGCGUGUUGCACGUUGUGCGCAAUUACAGCAAUUGCUCAAAUGCACGAAGACUGCGAAUAUACCCGCGGCCAAUAUAAAAGCGGCAGCCAAGCGCUUGAUUGCACGUCACAAGAGUGAGAUUGCAAAGCUUAAUAAAAAGAAACAGUCGCCAAAAUCCAAGACGAAUCCAAAAGUGCGCAUAAGGCCUAUCAGCAACAAUGCCAAGACGGAGCCCCCUGAGCAAGCCAACAGUCAGCCAGUGACUGCCAGUGACAUGCCACCAACUAGACCGGACGAGGAGCAGCUACUUGUGAUCAACGAGUGCAAGCUCGAACAAAACGAGUAUCUACAGAGCUCUCCUCAGGCUGAGCGAGUUAAAGGCGCUACGAUACCGCCUGCAGAGGCAGAGUCGGAUUCAGACGUAGAUGUAGAAGUAAAGCUCGAUGUGGACGACACAUCAUCGCCAAAGCUGGAAGUAUCAAUUGCUAUAUCGGCGACGCCAAUUCCAAGGGAAUUAUUGUCUAAUGAGAGCGAUGCGGAAGAAGAUCCAUUAUCAGCAGCUGGAGAGUUAAUACGGAACGUAGAGCAAGAGGAAGUAGCUCAACAACCGGAGCCCGAAAAGGAAGUAGAGCAGCCUCAGCAAGUGGAACAGCAAGUAGAGCAACAAGCGCAAGUCGCAAUAGAACAGGCAGAUGAGGAAAUGUCAGAGUCGCAACCGGACGGAAAUCAAGACUUGGAUCAACAACACACGUCUGAACAGAACAUAGAGCAACAGCAGGUGUUAGACGUGGACGUGGACAUGGGCGUGAAACAGAAAACGCAUGUGGAGGAACAGAAGGAAAAUGAAUUGGAGCCAGAUGAAGAUGAAGAACUGGCGUCGGAGCAAAGGCUUAAGGGUUCCCGCAGCAGCAACAAGUCACUAUUCCGCAACUUUAACAAGAUUUGCAAUAAGUUGAUGAGUCGCGGAAGUCGCUCCUCGAGCAACACCAAUAGCAUCGGAAGUGCUAGCGGCAGUAACAUCAAGGGCAAACCCUCAAAUUCACCCGAUUACAGCUCCCUCGAAAGCGAAGUUCCCGAACUAAAUUCCCAACCUGAAGUGAUAGUCGACCUGCCAUCAGCGCCUACGGUAUGGCCAUCUGAAACCGAAGUAAUCCCCAUACAGUAUAUGAUCUGUGUGCAGAAUGUUGCAUUCCGUUUGCGAAGCUCACCGACCCUGAAGCCUGCAUAUUAUUGCCGAGUUCCAGACUGCUUAUUUCUCUUCUCGAAUGAGAUAGAAGGUCUGGAAAAUCAUUUUACACGCAGUCAUCCGUCGCUGCGUUGGAACGGCAGCUGUACUGAGUGCAGUCUACCCGUCAAGGAAGUGCCCGAUAAUUUGAGCAUUCGCGAGGAGCUGCGGCAUAUGGUGCUAGUGCAUGUGGAUGAAAUUGUGGCGCCUAAGCCACCGGAGCCGGCUGUUGAAGUUGCGCCACCAAAACCUGUGCUGCCCAAGUUGCGUGUGCGUCGUUUCACGGGAGAUCGUCUAGUCCCAGAGGCCGAACAAGCAAUCGAAAUCGAACCGGAAGCUGUGCCCCGAGAACCCGUUGUUGAGAAUACAACGCUUAGGAGUUUGUUACUCGCUCAAUCGCGUCUGCCAAGUCACCAGCAACAGCAGCUGAACGCCGCCGGUGUCGGAGAGUUUCUAUGCGCCAAGACACCGCCAACGACUGUGGAUGUGCCCGAUGUUAUAAAUCGCGACUCGGAAUUGGGACUCCAAAUCAAUGAUGUAUAUAGUCUCGCCGAUACAUCCAUUCCUCUCAUAACGGGCGUGACGGUGCCAUUACCUGUCCCCACCAAUGAUGACUACGUCAUUAGCCAGAGCCUUAUCCAAAACUAUGAGGGUCCCAUUCCGACGGAGAUCAAUAUAUCUAUUGAACCCCGACUGACAGGUUCACCACCAAGGAAAGAUCGCACACAAAUCGCUGGCAACCGAUUCCGUUGUAUGGCGCCCAAUUACAAUUACUGCUCCCACACAGUAAUGUGCAUACGGGAGCACAUGAAGUUCCACAGUAUCAGUUUCGGACCGAAGGACUAUCUGCAAUGCUCCUAUUGCAGUCAUGUCGGCAAGGAUGUCGAUGAAUAUGUUCAGCAUGGUGUUCUCCAGCACGGUUUGGCCAGUCGCGAGGAGCUACAAGAACCCCAUGCCGAUGAGGUUGAGUUGCCUAUUUCGCCGGCAAAGUUGCCGGUAGCUGGAAGACAAAUGGUGGUCAAGCCACUCUUUCACUUUGUGCGCAAGGAGGUACGCUACAAGUGCGGUGUACCCGACUGUGGCCAGCAUUUCGACACAGAGCUGGGGUUGAGCCAGCAUCUGAGUACUCAGCACAGCUAUGGAGAUUGCUUUAAGUGUCCGCAUUGUCACUAUGAGGAUCAUUUACUAAUAUUGGAGAAGGUGCUGGAACAUUUGAAAUAUCAUAAGCGAUACGUUUAUCAAUGCGGUGCGUGCAGCUCGUUUGCGCCAGAACGCUCCAUAAUCGAUCGCCAUAUUCACAUGAAGCAUACCUCAAAGUUAGGCGAUGAUGUCGAUGUGAUUAUCCAUAAGCGUGAUGAUUUAACAAUGCACACCAAGUUAGCGGAAGUUCGUUGGUUCAAGUCGUUGUAUCAACCGCGCACUUCGACCGAUGAAUGGUUCUGUAAUCUAUGCCACGCUGUGCUCGCCACCAAGCAUCAGAUGAUUGGACACACGGCGGUGGCACACCAGCGUAUGUAUCAGUACUGCUGUCCGUAUUGCGAAUACGGCUACAAGGAUCUCAUGAAAAUCGUCAAUCACAUACGUCGUAGCCAUGCAAGCAAACGCAUCCAGCCGCUGCAAUGUUAUCUGCGCAUCAAGUGCAAAAAUCGCCAGACACUCGGUUUUAUUUGCAACACAUGCCAUGCGGCGACCUACACCUUAUACAAGAUGGGCAAUCACUGUCUGCAGAAGCAUUUGAAUCGCUAUCGGUACAAGUGUCGCCACUGUGACUUUGGACAUACUAAACAUCGGCACGUCGCCGUUCAUAUGACGCAGGAACAUCCCGGAUUGCCAGGUCUACCCAUUCAGAAGUUCGAUCGCUUAUCCAACGACAUGCUCGACGAUGACUUUUGGAACAUGGCCCAAAUAUUUUCGUCAAAGGGUCACGUUGAGCCACCUGAGGCAAUCGCUUCCAAUAACCAUGCGCAUGGCAUUCAGAUCUUUGAACCCAUCGAGUUGUCGUCGGAUGAAGAGGACCUAACAAAUAACGCUGCAUCUGCUCAGAAGCAGUACGAAUUCGCGUGCUCGCAUUGCACGGAGACGCGUCACAACAUUGAUGAACUGAGAUCGCAACACUGGGCGAUCAAACAUCCCGACCAUCCCUUCUACUUCUGUGUGCAACCGCAGCUGUGCUGUCCGGUGUGCUACGGCUUCAAAGGGAGUGCCAAAGCACUGCUGCAGGAGCACUUGCCGAAUGUCCAUCAUCACCGCACGUUGGUGGCCUGCGAUGUGAGUCAAAAACGCGAAUGCGGCUACUGCGACAAGACGUACAAAGAGUGGCCAGAGUUGGUGCAACACAUGACAAUCGAGGCGCAUCUGGCCAACGAUCUAAAGAAUCUAACAGAUGGCGAACUAAACGAACUGAUCGAAAUGGGAAGCACCGAGAACGAGUAUUAUCAAUGUAAUCUGUGUCGGGUAUUGCUGCCAUCGAGUGUGGCUAUUGCGCAACAUGGAACCGUGGAGCAUUCGGAUGCAGAGGAGACAUUUAGCUUUCGACUGGUGAAGAACACGAUCAUCUAUCACUGUUCGUUCUGCAUGUACGCCUCAGUGGAUGAGUUGGAAACGUUGCGUCACAUGCUCGAUCAUUGCAAACGCUUUGGCACCUGCCACUUGUGCGCCGAGCACUUGAACAGCGGCUUCGAUGAGUACAUACAGCACUGCUAUUCAAAUCAUCGCGAUCAGGUGGAUAACUUUGAUGUCAUCCAUCCGUAUGAUGACCUGAAGAAGUUCCUCAUGCAGGUGCUGUAUCAAUUCCAAAACGGACUCAUCAUCAGCAAGAGCAGCCUACGCGACACUCGCUUCAGUCACGAACGUGUCAUCCAGCAGCUGUACAACGAGCUGCGCAGCAAGGCGGCCAAGCCGCCAAUACCGCGAAUGCUUUUCAGUCAGCUGCCUCAGAUUCAUCAACGUCGCAAGACAUUUAAUCACAACAAUCUGCAGCAGUUGCUUCCACAACAUCAACACCAACAGCUGGCGGCGCGUCACGUCAACAAACCCAACGUAAUCUGGCACACAUCGUUUACGGGAAAAUCAACAACUCCUUCCCAGCAGAAGCGGCAGCAAAUCCAGCCGACAUCCUCGACGGUCGUCGCUCCCCCCCCAAGCCGCUGCCCAUUCUGCAACGCAUCGCCAAGCGACGCAACACUUUUGUGGACCCCGGCCAAAUGUUUUUAGGAAUAAACAUUGAACCUUAAACAGAAUAAAACCUUUUUGCAUUAGACUUGAACUUUAAACCGAAUUAAACCUGAAACCAUCAACAACAACAUCAACAUUGUCAUAGUUCGUAUUUAUAAGUAAAGUGAUAU